GAGAAAAAUCCAUAGAUUGUUUCUUCCUCUAUAAGCAACGGUGUGUGAUUCUGUAUCAAAAUCAUCAGAUUCGCAUCCAUUUUCGUUUGAAUCUCUACGUUUUUCGGUUGAUUUUGCUUCUGAGAGAGCCCAGAUCCGAAGUUUCUCGAGGAAGAAUAAUGUCGGCAAGGCAUGGGCAAUCGUCGUAUCGAGAUCGGACGAAGGAAUUCUUCGAUAUCGUUGAGAGUCUAAGGAGAUCGAUUACUCCGGCGGCGAAUAAUGUGAACGAUGGUUCGAGAAGAGAGGAUCUUAUCAACAAAUCCGAGUUCAACAAAAGAGCUUCUAAGAUUGGUUUAGCAAUUAAUCAGACGUCGCAGAAGCUUUCGAAGCUAGCGAAACUUGCAAAGAGGACAUCAGUUUUUGAUGAUCCGACUCAGGAGAUACAAGAGCUGACGGUAGUCAUUAAGCAAGAGAUCUCUGCUCUAAAUACUGCUCUGCUUGACCUUCAAGUGCUUCGUAGCUCCCAGAAUGGCGAAGAGAACAAUUCUAGAGAUACAUCAACUCACUCAACAACAGUUGUUGACGUUCUAAAGAAUCGCUUGAUGGAUACUACCAAAGAUUUUAAGGAUGUUCUUACUAUGAGAACCGAGAACAUGAAGAUCCAUGAGAAUCGAAGGCAACUCUUCUCUUCAAACGCUUCAAAAGAAUCAACAAACCCGUUUGUUCGCCAGCGGCCUUUGGCUGCUAAGGCUUCUGCUAGUGAAUCUGCUCCUCUUCCAUGGGCGAAUGGGUCUUCUUCAUCGUCAUCUCAGUUAGUCCCAUGGAAGCAAGGAGAGGCUGAAUCUUCGCCAUUGUUGCAGCAGAGUCAACAACAACAACAACAACAGCAGCAACAGAUGGUCCCAUUGCAAGACACAUAUAUGCAGAGCCGAGCUGAAGCUCUACACAACGUCGAAUCAACAAUCCAUGAGCUUGGCAGUAUCUUCACACAACUAGCAACCAUGGUAUCUCAACAAGGGGAAAUUGCAAUCAGGAUCGAUCAAAACAUGGAAGAUACAUUAGCGAAUGUGGAAGGCGCACAGAGCCAACUGGCGAGGUAUCUUAACAGCAUAUCGUCAAACCGAUGGCUGAUGAUGAAGAUUUUCUUCGUACUCAUUGCAUUUCUCAUGAUUUUCCUCUUCUUCGUAGCGUAAACAUUGAGACUAAAAAAUUGUUUUAAAAGAGUUUCAAAAUCUAGACAUGGUUCUUUUUACUGUCGUACUGUUACAUGGGAGCAAAGACUGUUACUUGAGAAGAGAGCUGGUUUAGAAGAAGAGCCGGUUUAGUUUGGUUUAGACCUUUUGUAUAUAAACUUUAGUAUGUGUCAUUGUGGUGACUGGUGAGAGUUUCAAAAUCUAGACAUGGUUCAGAUUGUAUUGAUUUUUUGUGAGAUAAUAAAGAUUACAGAUUCUU